CUUUAUUGAUGUCCAAGUAAACGGAAAAUUUCUAAUCUCUACAACACCUCUACAAGAACAAAGAACACAUCUGCUAUUACAAAAGAACAAAAUAUACAAGGAAAGAACAUAUUUUCUUGAGCAGACAUGAGUUCUUAUUAUGGCUUUUCUCUUUUGAUUCUCCUCUAUUUGCUACUUUUUUCUACAGUCUCUCCAUGUCAACACGACUGUGGAGGAAUCGAGAUACCGUACCCUUUUGGAGUGGGAAAGGGUUGUUAUCUGGAGAAGUGGUACGAAAUUACAUGUAAUAUCUCUACUUCAGGAAAACCCGUCCCUUUUCUUUCCGUAAUCAACAAGGAAGUUGUGAAUAUCUCUGUUCCGAAUCAGAACGCGUAUGGUUACGAAGAUAGCAUAGAGUACGGGUUACUUCGCGUGAAAAACCAAAUAACUUCAAAGGGAUGCUCAAGCGACGUAGAAGAGCCAACUCGAUCCCUUUUGAAUUUGACGGAUACCCCUUUUUACGUUAGCACGAGAAAUACACUGAUAGCAGUUGGUUGCAACAACACGGCAUCGUUGACAAAUGUCGAGCCAAUCAUUGUGGGAUGCAAAUCUAGCUGUGCCUCAAACCAUACCGCUGCUAAAGAUUAUCUUGCAGUAGUCAAUAAUGAAAACUGGCUCUCCAACUAUUGUAAUCGAAGACAAAUUAUAGAUGAAACAAGCUGCAAUGGUAUUAGAUGCUGCAAGGCAAACAUGGUCGGUAGUAUUCAACAGGUUGUUGGUGUUAGAAUAGAAAACACCACAACGAGAGGCUGCAAAGUUGCCUUCUUGACCAUCAAGGCACAAUCUUUGUCUAGUGAUCCUGAUCCGCAAAGGAUUCACGCUAGAGGAUACAGUACUGUUGAGCUAGGAUGGUCUAUCCGUACGGCGAAUCAUUCGUUUGUAAAGUCUCUGGGAUGCUACACUGUAGAAGAAUACAGGAAUGUAACCUACCCCGAUAGAAGGAAUUACAUGAUAAGUUGUGUAUGUGAAGAAAAUGCUUAUCUAAGUUAUGCAAGCUGCUCAUGCGCUAGAGGUUUUAGAGGCAACCCAUACAGUUUAGGCGGUUGCAAAGAUGUUAAUGAAUGCGAUUAUGAUUACUGUGACGUCGGAAGCACCUGUGUCAAUUUGUAUGGACACUAUCGGUGCACAAAUCAUCGCCCACUUGCUAUAGGGCUUGGUGCUAGUUUCGGCUCAUUGAUAUUUGUUGGUGGAAUAUACUUGUUAUACAAAUUUAUUAAAAAGCAAAGGAAGUUAAACCAAAAGAAAAAGUUCUUCAAGCGUAAUGGGGGUCUAUUGUUGCAACAACAAUUGACUUCAACAGAAGGCAGAGUCGAGAAGACAAAAGUAUUCAGUUCUAAGGAGUUGGAGAAAGCUACUGAAAACUUCAGUUCAAACAGAAUACUUGGUCAGGGUGGUCAAGGUACUGUUUACAAGGGAAUGCUUGUCGAUGGAAGAAUCGUAGCUGUAAAAAAAUCCAAAGUCGUGGACGAAGACAAGCUUGAAGAGUUCAUCAACGAGGUUGUCAUUCUUUCACAGAUCAACCAUAGGAACAUCGUGAAACUCUUGGGGUGUUGCCUUGAGACAAAGGUCCCAGUUCUCGUCUACGAAUUUGUUCCUAAUGGUAACCUUUUCGAACAUCUUCAUGAUGACUCUGAUGAUAACACUAUGGCUACUUGGAAAGUACGUCUCCGCAUUGCUAUAGAUAUUGCAGGAGCACUCUCAUACUUGCACUCUUCUGCAUCUUCUCCAAUCUAUCACAGAGACGUCAAGUCUACAAACAUCAUGUUGGAUGAGAAAUAUCGAGCCAAGGUAUCUGAUUUUGGAACUUCAAGAUCGGUAACAGUGGAUCAUACCCACUUGACAACGGUAGUUUCAGGUACGGUGGGAUAUUUGGAUCCAGAGUACUUUCAGUCUAGCCAAUUCACGGAAAAAAGUGAUGUCUACAGCUUCGGGGUCGUGCUAGCGGAGUUGAUAACAGGGGUUUCUUUUUUGCGGUCUCAAGAAAACAGAACAUUGGCAACUUAUUUCAUUACAACAAUGAAAACAAACAAACUCUUUGACAUUAUUGAUGCUCGAAUAAGAGAUGACUGCAUGUUGAGUCAAGUGACUGCAGCUGCAAAAGUUGCAAGGAAGUGUCUCAAUCUGAAAGGGAGGAAAAGGCCAAGCAUGAGAGAAGUGUCGAUGGAGCUUGACAAUAUUCGUAUGUCUUCCGGAGACAUGCAAACGCAAGAGCAUAUUAGUGAAAACGAGGAAGAGGAAGAAGAAAACAAAGGAGUUGUGGAAGAUAUCAUAAGGGUAGAAAUGAAAUCAAGGAACAAUGUUGUAGUUACAGCUCCAGCUUCUCAGUACAAUGUAGCCGCGUCUUCGUCUUGGUCAGAUGUUGAACCAUUGUUUCCUCUUCAAACACGGUAAAACUUCUACUUUGAAUAUGACCAGAUAUAGUCUCAAGUCUUUGCUUUUCAGUAUUUGUAAUAUUUCUAUUAAGUGUAAUAACGAAUCUCAUUUGUACUCAUUUCCCAAUUAAAACAGUCAUAAUCAUUUAUAUUUUAGUUAAUGUUUUUCA